CAGCAGAGAGAAGUGCAGCCAUGGCAGCGCUGCGCAGGUUCCUCUCCUCCUCCCUGGCCAGAGGCUGCAGAGCAGCAGGGACACCGCAGACCCCCGCACGGAGGACCAGAGCCCUGCAGGUCCUGGCGGCGGCCGCGGGGGCCGCGGGGGCGGCUACUACCGCCUACUACUGCUGCGGGCCGGCGGGGCUGCUGCGGCAGACGCUGCCGCCCGUCUCCGCCUCAGAACAGGCGAGCACCCCUGGUGUGGGUGCGGUGCACAUGUCGCUCCAUGAGAAGAGAUUCCGGGUGUUCAGUUCAGUGGAGUACGAAGGCCAGCUCUACAUGACUCCACUAAACUUCAUUGAGUCCGUCACUCUGACCCAACCAAAGAGUAAAAAAGGAGGGAAGAGCCUGACAAAAAAAGAAUUAGACAAGAUUCUGUCUGAUACUCCACCUGUUGGGAAAGGAUCAUCUAAUUUGUUUAGAAAUCUUCGUGAGCGAGGUGUCAUCAGUUACACGGAGUACCUCUUCCUGGUCUGCAUUUUAACAAAGCCCCAUGCAGGUUUUCGUAUCGCUUUCAACAUGAUUGAUGCAGAUGGGAAUGAAAUGGUGGACAAAAAAGAGUUCUUAGUGUUGGAGGAGAUUUUCCAUAAGAAAAAGCCCAAGAAAGAAGCUACUGAGGACGUUGAAACACAGGACCAGCAGAACCUGGAGCUCUACGGUCAUCUCAAGUCCCAGCCACACACUGUGCUUAAACAUGACGGUCAGCAUGUGGCGGCGCGGGGCAUGUGGGACGCCCUCAGACGCGGCACGAGUCAAGUUCUGUUUUUUGAUGUCACUGAGCAAGCGGAUGAGAAAACAGAAACAACGCUGCUGGUGCAUUUCUUUGGAAAAAAAGGCAAAGCUGAGUUGAAAUUUGAAGAUUUUUACAGGUUCAUGGACAACCUGCAGACGGAGGUGCUUGAGAUAGAGUUCCUCUCCUACUCCAAAGGCAUGUCCACCAUCAGUGAGGAAGACUUUGCUCACAUUCUCCUCCGCUACACGAACGUGGACGACGUCAGCGGGUAUUUGGAGAACGUGCGUCACAGCAUUCCAGAUGAAAAGGGAAUCACCUUUGAGGAGUUCAGGUCCUUCUUUCAGUUCCUUAACAACCUGGAGGAUUUUGCUAUCGCCAUGCAAAUGUACAACUUCGCCAACCGCUCUAUUGGUCAAGAGGAGUUUGCUCGUGCGGUCUACGUGGCCACGGGGAUCAAGUUGACCCACCACUUGGUCAACACUGUCUUCAAGAUUUUCGAUGAAGAUCACGACGAUAGACUCAGCUACAAGGAGUUUAUCGGUGUGAUGAAGGAGCGGCUGCACCGCGGCAACAGGGGUGUCAGAAUGGAGGAAAAGUCCAUCUCUUUCAAGUCCUGCAUGAAGAGGGAGCUUUCGGGAAAAUAAGUGAAGAUCCCAGCGGCGGCGCAUGUUCGGCGGUCUGCAUCAGCCGUCUCUCUUCUAUCAGGGCGGAAGGGUUUCUGCAUGCUGCAGCAUCUUAGAUUGCUUUCUCUGAGGUUUCAGAAUAACAGGAUCCUGCAGAAAUAGGCUGCAGCGAGCAUAUGGUCCUGAGCGACAUGUGGUGAACCAACAAAAUCUACACACUCUGUGAAACUGGACUCUGCAUCGCACUGAUUAGCUCAUGUAAUUGCUUUUAAGGAGCAGUAAUUUAUUAGUAACUCUUGCUUAUUUACUUACAAAUAAUUUAAUUUGAGUAUAUUUGCUUAUUUAAGGAGCUAUUGAAUAUUUUCCGCUAACUGUCAUGUCUGAAACUGCAGGGUGGUGUUUUUGCUGCUCUGCCAGCUCGUCUUGUUCUUGUCCCGAGCCUGACUGUUCGGUGGCAGAGAGCUCUGGCUUUGACCUUCUGUCUGCCUCUGCACAGAUCAGCUCCGACCAGCAGCUCCCCUGCCCUCCUCCCUUUAUUUCCUCGCUUCCUCCAGCGCGCUGCAGCUCAAGUCCUCUGGAGGCAGCAGGCCUGAACGCACUCGCACACUCUGAGGUUGUUUUUUCACUCUUCAACCACCGGCAGCUAACGGAGUUAAUCAUUUCUUGGCUACAAAUAAAAAGUGCUAUUAUGCCACUGACAGGGACUACACCUCUUUAUGAUUAAACAUCCAGGAUACUGAAGCCAUAUGCUUGUCUUGGGAUACUCAGACUGUUACUAUAAGAAAACAAACAAGGAUGUAUAAAGAGGAACUUACUGUUUUUGUAUGUUACUGAUUCUUAAAGACUCAUUUUACAUCCAUUCUGGCUUUGUGUGGAGGUGUGUAAUAUAAAAACAGACCAAAGAAGUGCAUUUAGUCUACAUCCCUCUUUUUAAAUCAGGCUUUGACUGUUACGUGCAUGCAUUUAAAAAGUAAUAAAUGCUAAAA